AUGAAAAAUAAUGAAUUGGAUAAAAAAAAAUUACCAAGUUCUUCAAGUGAGUCUGAAUAUUUAAGGAAGAAAAAACAUAGAAUGAAAAAUAUUAAUCAUAACAUGAAUAGUAUUGAUGUAAGUAAAAAAAAUUAUGAAAAAAACUAUAUAGAAAUUAAGGACAAAUUAAAAGAAUUGAAACAUAAUAAUAAAAGAGAAAAUGGUAAUUCAAUGAAAUAUAAAAAUUAUUCUUUAAAAGAAAAAGAAAUUUUACGUGAAGAUAAUAUAAGAGAUAAAAAAAAAAUUCCUGAAAAGUUUGAAAUAAAAAAAGGUAGUAGUCACAAUACAAGUGACUUAUUAGUAAAUAGAAAAGAUAAGCAAAAAAUUAGAGAGGAUCUGAGAAAAAAAUUAGAAAAGUAUAAAAGAGAAAAUAAAAUAUGUGACAAUAUAUAUAAAAGUAGUAGUAAUGAUCAAAAUAGCUUUAGUGAUAAGGAAGCUAGUAGUAGGAGCAGUAGAAGAGAAAGUAUUAGUAAAAGUAUUAGCCAAAAUAGAAGUACAAAUACUAGUCACAGUAAUAAUAGCACAUUAAGAAAAAGUGAAAGAAGUAAUAGUGAUAGGAGUAUCUAUAAAAAAAGAAAAUACAAAAGUUAUAGGAAAAGUUUUUCAAGUAGCAGCAAAGAAGAUUCUAGAGAUGAUAGAAAUAUUAGAACUAAAAAAAGAAAUACAAAUGUAAGUAGUAAAAGCGUAAGUAGUUCAUCAAGUUCAUCACGAAACAGUGAAACAGAAUCCUACAAAAAAAGCAUUUCAAAUGAUGAUACAGAUAAUUCAUAUAAAAAAUUAAAGAGAAAAAAAAAGAAUUUUUAUGGUAAAGAUAAUAAUAAUUUAGAUGAUAAAAAUAGAAAAACAAAAUAUAAUUUCAUUGAAAAGAAUAACAAUAAUUUACAUAAAAAAUUUUUUAUGCAUGAUAAUAAUAUGAUUUAUAAUAAAGGAAAGAAUUUUAAAUAUCUAUAUAAUAAUAUUACAGGAGAAAAAAUAGAAGUAAAAUAUCCUAGAAUUCCUUUAGGAUAUCAUACAACUAAGGAAAGUUGGAAAAAUUACACUAAAUGGUUACAAAAAAAAAAUAGUUACAGAUUUAGUUUGAAUUUUGAUCAACAUAAAAUUUUUAGAAGAUCAAGUUCCUUGUCACCAACUACUUGGGAAAAGUAUGUGAACAUUUCAGAUGAUGAAGAAAAGAAAAAAGAAAAAACUGAAGAAGUGGAUGAAAAAAUUGAAAAAAAAGAAAACAUUCAAGAAAAUGAAAAAAAUAAACUGAAUAAUGAAGAUACGAACAAAAAAUUAAAGGAACAUGGAAACAAUACUAAGGAAUUUUCUUUAGAUUUUUCAACUAUGUCGUCAUUAUCUUGUCUUGAAACAGAAAGUGUAAAUGAAAAAAAAAAGAACACGAAAAAACAUGAUAAUAAAUCAAAAAGAGAAAGGAAAAAUGAAAAAAAAAAAAAAAAGGAAAAAAUUAAAAAACAUCAUAUAGAUAAAAAAAACAAUAGAGAGUACAAAUUACGUAAAGAGAAAAAAAAGAAAGAAAAAAAAAAAGAAAAAAAAAAGAAAGAAAAAAAGAAAAAGAAGCAUCAUAAAAAAGAUGAUGCUUUAGUUAAAAAGAAAGAUAAAAGGAAUAACAAAUCACAUAAAAAAAAAAAAUCAAAAGAUAGCAAGAAAUAUAAUAGAAAGAAUAAAUCGAAAUAUAAAAAAAAUAGAAAACAUUCUAAAAGUAUUGAUAGAGAUGAAGGAAAUACAUCUGAUACAUCAGAGCAAAUAUCCACAUCAAUGACUUCAUUAUCGUUUCUUAAUGAAGAAUAUGAUUUUUUAGAUAAGAACUUGAAUAGCAAUAAUAAAAAUAAUAAAGAAUGCAUUAAUGAAGACAGUUGUGAUUUAAUCAAAGAUAAUAAAAUAAAUAAAGAGGAAGAGAAGAGAGAAGAUGAAAAAGAAAAUCUACCUAAAGAAAAAACAAAAGAUUGUGAAGAAAAUAUUUUUCAUAAAAACAAUAGUUUAAAAAUUGAUGAAGGAGAUAUUUCUAAUAAAAAAGAUAAAGUUGAAGAAGAAGCAUAUUCUUAUCAUGAUAAAUCAUCAGAUAACGAAAGUAUAGGGCCAAAACCAUUAGAUAUAAAUGUUAAAUUAGCGAAUAAACAAAUUGAUUAUGGAAUGGCCAUGAUGCCUGGAGAGGGUCAAGCAAUAGCUCAAUUUGUUCAGAAAGGAAAAAGGAUUCCAAGGAGAGGAGAAGUUGGAUUAUCUGCUGAAGCUAUUGAAAAAUUUGAAAGUAUUGGUUAUGUUAUGAGUGGAUCAAGACACAAGAGAAUGAAUGCUAUUCGUAUGAGAAAAGAAAAUCAAGUUUAUAGUGCAGAAGAACAAAGGGCAUUAGCUAUGUUUAAUUAUGAAGAAAGAACCAAUAGAGAAAAUGCUUUAAUUAAUGAUUUGAAAGAAAUAUUAAGAAAACAAAAUGAAACUAUAUUAAAUGAGACAUUAAAUAAAAAUAAAAAUGAUAACUAA